GACAUCGACACAUCGUGUUCACCAGUCAUCGUAAAGUACUAUUCGUUAAUUCGUUAUAGGCCGAUGUUUAACCUGUCCUGUAUAUCUUAAAUCGUUAUUCAGACUCACAGAUCCACCCAUCCAAUAUGGCAAUAUAAUAUAAUAUAUCCAAAGAGUAAAUCCCUAACGUCGUUACUUGUUAUUAUUACUAACUAUGAGGUUUUGUCAAUGUUUUUUCUCGAUUAAUAAUAAUAUUAAAAUUAACGCUUGAGUAAAAAUAUUGGAAAAUAACAAGACAGAAUAAUUUCUGCCGGUAUGCAGUAUCCUAGGAGAAAUAAAUAAGCCUAAAAUAUAAACGCAACUACUUGAUUUUGAAUAGUUUUCAAUUUUUUUUUUCAAAACUACCAUGGCGAAACCAUCAGCGAAGAGUUCAACACGAGUUCCAAAAAUGGUUGUUUUUGAUUUAGAUUAUACAUUGUGGCCAUUUUGGGUUGACACUCAUAUGGAUCCCCCUUUUCAUAAAAAUGGAGAUGGUAAAGUAGUUGAUUCCAGAGGUUAUGUAGUUCAAUAUUAUCCAGAUACGCCAAAAGUCUUGAAAUAUCUUCAGGAAAAAAAUAUUGGCAUGAGUGUAGCUUCAAGAACUGGAGAAACUGAUGGAGCUGAGCAACUCAUACAAUUAUUUGGUUGGAAUAAAUAUUUUCAAAACAAACAAAUUUAUCCUGGUAGCAAGGUCACACAUAUAAAUAAGAUAAGCAAAAAUUGUAAUAUCAAACUGGAGGAAAUGAUUUUUUUUGAUGAUGAAGAACGGAACAUUGUUGAUGUAGAACAUUUAGGAGUAGUAUCGAUAUUAAUAAGAAAGGGAAUGACAAUGCCAGUUUUAAUUAAUGGUUUGAAAACAUUUUCGGAUAUAAGAUCAAAUGUGUGAACUGUUGUGUUAUUGUUAUAAGUAUUAUAACCAUGAGUUAAAUACUUUAUAAGAUAUGUAAUGUUUGAAACGGCCAACGGGACUUCAUUAUUGUGUUAUCAUGUAUAUUUUUUUUCUAUACCAUACAGAUAUAUUAUGAUAGAAAUAUAGAAUGAUGUAUUGCAGUAUUUCCCAACCUAUGGGUCGCAAAAUAUUUUUGAUGGGUCGCGAUGGUCGUAAACUAAUAAGAAAAAAUCUUGAUUAGGUAUGAAAAUAAAAAAAAGGAAAAUAAUUUUAGCUGCGAAGUAAUUAAAAAUGGUUUUUUUAUAUUUUAUUUUAUACAUCUAUUUACACCUAGGUAUAAUUAUAAUGGAAAGUAUACUGGGCCUUAUUUAGACAUUUUACGCCCCUAGGCUUAAAAUCCAUGGCGCUCAAUAGAUACAUUUUUAUAUCAUAGUAAAUUAGUAAAGUGAUUUUAGCAAAACUUUUUUAACCAGGGACCAUAAAAAAAUUAAUUGUAAAAAAUUGAUUAUAAUAAAAUAUAUUAUUUACAAUACUA